UUCCCGUGUACGAAUACAUGUCGCGGGACUCUGCUCGGUCUAUCAUAAUGGUAUUGGUACGAGUUUUCCGAAAAAUAUGCUGAAAAAGGAUACACCAAAAGUUUUCUAAUAAUUGUCUAAUCGCCUUUCAUUGAAAGAAAAUUUAAAGAUUUAAUCCUUAAUUAGUGCCGCAGAAUCGAAAUUAUUUGUACGGAUUUGUCGAGUCAACAAUCCUUUACAAAGCGCUAUAGUUAUCGCUGUAUUCGAGCAUUACGCCGAGGUUUGGAAAAAGGAUAAAUUCAAUUCAGUCAAUACGCACCACCAGAAACCGAGUUUUCCAUUUUGCGAAUAGAAUAUGGUUGAAAUGUAUAUCGCGCGUACAAAGUGAAAAUUGCCAAAAAUGCCUUCCUACCGCAAUGCCAUUUAUCGACGUUGUGGGCUGCGGGCUGACCAACAACAGUUUGGCGAAAUGCUGAAGAAAUGAAAGAAAAUCGCAAGUUGGAUUGCCAGCUUUUCCGUAAUAAAAUCGGUAGUUUUCUUGUAUGGUCAGAUGUGUAAUGAACUGCAGAUUCGGAUUACGUCCACCCAAUAAAGUAUGAUGGAAGAUCCAUUUUUUGUGGUGAAAGACGAAGUAUUCAAGGCACUAAACAAAACACGCGGAUUAUAUCUCCGGUGGCGUGAACUGAAUGAUGCACUUUCCGGUGGCACAACAGCUGAAGCCGAUUGGACCACAACAGAGUUAAAAAAUUCUCUCCGCAGCAUCGAGUGGGAUCUCGAGGACCUCGAGGACACGAUCAGUAUUGUAGAGAAAAAUCCUAGCAAAUUUAAGAUCGACAACAAAGAACUCUCAAGUCGACGUCAUUUCAUCGACGCUACCAGAGAUGAGGUCAAGUCUAUGAAAGAUCGUAUGAGCAUCAACCGCAACAGGGAUCGCGAUAUAACGGCCAGACAACCGCUCUUGGAUAACUGCGACAACGGUUCACCUCAGAAUCUAGCGACCAAAAAUCUUAUCAACAAUAACUGUCUGAACGCUGGUGCAAACGGAAUUAUCUUGCACAGCGGAGGUGUGAUCAGCUGCAAUUUAAACAACAAUAAUUUGAACAAUCUAGCUGGAACUGGUAAAAAUCUGAUCAGCUCAGCCGGUGCAGCAAUGGCCGCCUCACGACAUAGUGGUGCCAAAUACUCCAAGUUGGAGAACAACCUGGACGACAGCCCUACCCAUUAUGCACCGUCCUCUUCGUCGGUGAUGUUGGACGGCGGUAGCACCCGAUUCGUUGAGGAUAACCUGGCGACCCAACACCGUAUCAUGGCUUCCCAAGACGAACAACUCGAUGUGAUCAGCGAUUCGAUUGGCACCCUCAAAACCGUUUCUCGGCAGAUUGGGAUUGAGCUGGAGGAGCAGUCAGUAAUGCUGGAUGAGCUUGGCAACGAGUUGGAACAAACGGAUUCGAAGCUCGACUCAACCAUGAAGAAAAUGGCCAAAGUAUUACACAUGAAUAAUGAUCGCCGUCAGUGGAUGGCCAUAGUAGUGUUAUCGAUUGCAUUGCUUGUUGUGAUAGUGAUCUACAUUAUACUUUAGGUCUACAUCUUACGGUGUGUAUGGUUAAGCGCCAAUUCAAUACCGUUGUGGAGUAUUUCACUUAGUUGCAACGAAACUUAUAUACCUAGCACUUUAACGUAGAUAAGGAAUGGAGAAAAAAACAACAACAACAAAAUGCAAUGACUGAAGGAAGAUUACUGCAACAUAUAUCAAGUAUCAAUAGCAAGAUUUCAGUACAUUCGCUAGAUUCCAAUCAAAAAUGAUUCCAGCAGCUGUAAGGCAAGAUUCCCCGAAUUGCAUAGCUUAUGCUAUGUGAGGUCUGUGGAAAAUGGAUUAGGUUUUCAUAAAAAAACCAUUCAAAAUAGAAUUCGACUCUAUACUUUCUUAAUAGCAUUAGAAAUCUGGUGUGUAUGCCGAUCAAAAAGUGAUUAAUGUAAAGAUUGUAACCAUAAGGUAAACUGGUAACGAGGUUUGCACUGCUCGUUUGAAUUAUACAAAUCCCCGUGUACAUAGAUAUGGACCGGUAUUCCCAAAAUUAUGACACGAAUAUAAGCUCUUCAAAAUGUAAACAAAAAAAAUAUAUAAUUACACAUUUUUCCACGAUGCAUAGAACCAUGGAAACCAUUACAGUAGAAACUUGAAGUUAAUGUGAACAUCACUAACAGAUUUAUAUUGCACCUGGCACCGGAAAUCGCCUGGCAGGUUUCCAUUCCUUUAACAUACUAUAUAUCUUACUGCUAAGAAUUCCCUUCACUAGAGUUGAAAUAAUUUUGUAAAAAAAAAACAAAUCUAGUCACAGUUUAUUCCUUUAAGAAUGCAUCAAAGUAAAAAUAUUAUUUGCAACACCCCGGGUCUGUUUCCGGUUUAUGUUAUUAUAAACGAGUAUCUCAAAGAAACUUCAUGGCUUAAGUUACAGUAUACCCGAAGUACCUAUGGCCAAAUUUUCAAAUAUUUUGAACGCAUUUUCUUGAGUACUGAUAUCAUUUAAGAAAACCAGCAAUAGUACGGUUAGAACAGUUUUCUUUUGAUACGGUUUUUUUUUGUUUUAAAUAAAAUACUGAACAACAGAAACUCGUAAAGUCAAA